AUGAGAGUAGUGGAACUGGAACGUACCAGCCUCCUUGCGGCAGACAUCAAUAAUAUACUGACCAAAAUUACGUUUGCCGGAGGUCAUAAGAAAUUUAACACUUCGCAUUGCAACAGUCCAGAAAGACAAGGCAAUGCCGUUUGCUUCCCCAGCUUUGAGCAGCUAGCUAGGUCCAGUGAGGAAGGCAGAACAGGGCAGCAGCAGAGAAGGCUGCACGUACAGUUUGAGAGAUCUGCCUGGAGGUGGGAAGAGAGAGGCAGGGACACAGCUGGACAAGAAAGAUACAGGACCAUCACUACAGCCUACUACCGAGGAGCCAUGGGCUUCAUCCUCAUGUAUGAUAUCACCAGCGAAGACUCCUUCAAUGCAGUGCAGGACUGGUAUGAAAUACUGUUGUUGGCCAAGCAGUACAGGUAUAUCAAACUGCAAAAUGGCUUAUGUGCACUUUUGAUUUCGGAUUUGAAUUACUUGGAUGCUGCCCCAGCUGCUUUGUCUUCGGAGGAGGAGGAGGAGGAAGACGAUGACGAUGAUGAUGAUGAAUCUGAAGAGGAAAGUGAUGAAGAUGACGACUCUGGAGCUGAGAUUGAAGAUGGUAGAGAAGGUUUUGACGAUGAGGACUGUGAUGAGGAGGAUGAGGGUGAGGACAAUGGUGGAGAUAAUGACGACUUCAAUGAUCCUGAUGACAGUGAAUUAGAAGAGCUAGCUGAAAAGGAAGAGACAAGAAAGAGAGGCUGUACAGAAAAGCAGUCUGCAGCAGCCCUCUGUGUUGCUGUUGGCAGCUUUUCUGAUCCCGAAGAUCUGCCUGGAUUAGCACACUUCCUGGAACAUAUGGUUUUUAUGGGCAGUUUGAAGUACCCAGAUGAGAAUGGGUUUGAUGCGUUUCUGAAGAAACAUGGGGGCAGUGACAAUGCUUCGACUGACUGUGAGCGGACAGUCUUCCAGUUUGAUGUGCAGAGGAAGUACUUCAAAGAAGCGCUUGAUAGGUGGGCACAAUUCUUUAUUCACCCGCUAAUGAUCAGGGAUGCCAUAGACCGCGAAGUUGAGGCUGUAGACAGUGAGUAUCAGCUAGCGAGACCCUCUGAUGCAAACAGAAAGGAGAUGCUCUUUGGGAGUCUUGCCAGGCCCGGACAUCCUAUGAAGAAAUUUUUUUGGGGUAAUGCGGAUACACUCAAACAUGAGCCUAAAAUGAAUAAUAUUGAUACUUACACCAGACUGAGGGACUUCUGGCAGCGCCAUUACUCUGCUCACUAUAUGACUUUAGUUGUCCAAUCUAAAGAAACACUGGAUACGUUGGAAAAGUGGGUGACAGAAAUCUUCUCUGAGAUCCCAAAUAAUGGUUUACCCAAACCCAGCUUUGGCCAUCUGACUCAGCCUUUCGACACACCAGAAUUUCACAAGCUUUACAGAGUCGUUCCAAUUAGGAAAGUUCAUUCAUUGAGUAUCACUUGGGCGCUUCCCCCACAAGAACAGUAUUACAGGGUAAAGCCUCUUCAUUAUAUUUCCUGGUUGGUGGGACAUGAAGGCAAAGGCAGUGUUCUUUCUUUCCUUAGGAAAAAAUUUUGGGCUCUUGCAUUAUAUGGAGGAAAUGGUGAGACAGGAUUUGAACAGAACUCCACUUACUCCAUCUUCAGCAUUUCUGUGACCUUGACUGAUGAGGGUUAUAAGCACUUCUAUGAGGUGGCCCAUGUUGUAUUUCAGUAUGUGAAGAUGCUGCAGAAAAGAGGGCCAGAUAAAAGAAUAUGGGAAGAAAUACAGAAGAUUGAAGCGAAUGAAUUUCAGUACCAGGAACAGACAGAUCCAGUUGACUACGUGGAAAGCCUUUGUGAGAACAUGCAGUUGUUUCAGAAGGAGGAUUUUCUGACAGGAGACCAACUCUUGUUUGAAUACAAGCCUGAGAUCAUUGCUGAUGCCCUUAACCAGCUCAGUCCUCAGAGAGCCAACCUCGUUUUGCUGUCUGCUGCCAAUGAAGGCCAGUGUCAUCUAAAAGAGAGGUGGUUUGGAACGCAAUACAGCGUGGAAGAUAUUGACAAGUACUGGAGUGAUUUAUGGGCCAGUGACUUUGAGUUAAAUCAGGAUUUACACCUUCCAGAAGAAAACAAAUACAUAGCCACUGACUUUGCUUUGAAAGUUGCUGACUGCCCUGAGACAGAAUAUCCAGUCAAAACACUAAGCACUCAACAAGGGUGUCUCUGGUACAGGAAGGAUGAUAAAUUCAAAAUCCCAAAAGGUUAUGUUCGGUUCCAUCUGAUCUCUCCGUUGAUACAGCAGUCUGCAGAGAACAUAGUUUUGUUCGAUACAUUUGUAAACAUCCUUUCCCACAAUCUUGGUGAACCAGCUUAUGAAGCAGACGUUGCUCAGUUGGAAUACAAGCUAGUAGCUGGAGAGCAUGGCUUAGUCAUUCGAGUGAAAGGAUUCAAUCAUAAACUACCUCUUCUAUUUCAGCUCAUCAUUGAUUACUUGUCUGACUUCAGCUUUACUCCAGCAGUUUUUGAAAUGAUAACAGAGCAGCUGAAGAAAACAUACUUCAACAUCCUCAUCAAACCUGAGACUCUGGCCAAGGAUGUGCGUCUCCUGAUUUUAGAACAUGGCAGGUGGUCCAUGAUAGAUAAAUACCAGACGCUGAUGAACGGCCUUUCCAUUGAGUCUCUCUUGUCCUUUGUUAAGGCUUUCAAAUCACAGCUCUUUGUAGAGGGUCUCGUACAAGGAAACUUCACGAGCAGAGAAGCAAAGGAUUUUCUGAAUUACGUCGUUCAAAAGCUCCAGUUCGCUCCUCUGGCCCAUCCCUGCCCUGUUCAGUUCCGGGUGGUGGAUUUGCCAAAUACGCAUCUGCUCUGUAAGGUGAAAACUCUCAACAAAGGUGAUGCCAACUCUGAAGUGACAGUCUAUUACCAGUCAGGUGCCAGGAACCUAAGGGAAUAUACCCUUAUGGAGCUGCUUGUGAUGCACAUGGAAGAGCCUUGCUUUGACUUCCUGAGAACCAAGCAGACCCUUGGCUACCACGUGUAUCCUACCUGCAGGAAUACUUCUGGGAUUCUUGGCUUCUCGGUCACAGUAGCAACCCAGGCAACUAAAUACAAUUCUGAAUUGGUUGACAAGAAAAUAGAGGAGUUUCUUGCUUGCUUUGAAGAGAAAAUAAAGCAUUUAACUGAAGAUGCUUUUAGCACCCAGGUUACAGCUUUGAUAAAACUUAAAGAAUGUGAAGACUCCCACCUUGGAGAAGAAGUAGAUAGGAACUGGAAUGAAGUUGUGACGCAGCAGUAUCUCUUUGACAGGCUGGCCCGUGAGAUUGAAGCUCUGAAGUCUGUUACAAAAUCAGACCUGGUCACCUGGUUCCAAGCUCACAGAAGCAACAGGAAGAAAGUGCUCAGCGUACACGUGGUUGGAUAUGGAAAACACGAAGGGGACUCAGAGAUUGCAGCUGUCUCCGAAGCACAGAAUUCUUCAUCCGGUGAAAUACCUCAUCUUAUUUUCUUGCCCCCGUCUUCUUUGAUGACUAAUGUUACUUCCAUCAAGGACAUCAAAGCCUACACAUCAACUCUGAAUGUUCUCCCUUACCAUAAAAUAUUAAAAUAAAAUUGACAUCGUGCCCUGCA